AUGGACUGGGGAAUUGUUACAAAGACUGAUCAUAAUAGAUUGCUAUCAAAUCUUGUCCCAGAUAUCCUGCCUAUAAUUUUCUAUCUUAGAUCGUUUCAAACUGCAUUCAACAUCAACAUCGGUUUCACAUGCAAACCACAGGUUACGUUCAACAAUAUUGGGUCAAAGUACGAUGAACUUAGGCGCGCUUUACUCACCGUAAAAUGCUUAUUGCCGGCACUUGCUUCCCUGAGGAAUGCGUGCAGGCUUGGCUCGCAUUCGCUAGGAAAGCAUUACCCACAGAAAUAUGCACGUUAUGAAAGUUUCCACAACGGAAACCGGCCACGACAACAAUCACUGAUCACUGGUGUCCACGGUACCUGA